AAAAUGGAACCUAUACCCUCUAGCACUGAAGACACUAGUCUCAAGAAUAGAAGUUUAGAGUUGACAGAAUACGUAAAAAGCAAGGAACAAGACUUCAAGAGAUGCUGAGAUCUUUAUUUCAAUACUCAUAAUAGAGGAUUGAAGCGCAGUCCCCUUUAUCCCUCAAUAAUCCUAAAGGAUGACAACACUAGAUUUAUACUCCGAGUGCUUCAAGUAAAUGAUAGCAAUUUUAUUUGGAAGCUAAGAUACUUCAAAUUGUUUAAUCUGGGCAGAAUGGAAUUAUACCAAGCAGAAGCCAAGCCUAAAAAUAUUUUUAGUUUCCUAGAAAACUCAUUUCCCGAACAAGUUAACAACUUUAUGUUCAGUUCUGGGUUACAAGAGAAUUUGGGAAAACUUGAGUGUUUUAAUUGAAUUUUAAAGAUCAGUCCAAGGAUUUGAAAAAGUGUUUACUUUGAUCAAUUUAUUAUUAAUUAUCAUCAGCUAAAAAGAUUAAUAUCCUCUUACAAACAUGUCAGGAUAUUUACAUUAGGAUGUUGAAAACUUUCUGUCCCAGCGAUUGCAGAUUUCUCAAAGGCACUAAGACAUACACAGAUUGAAGAACUACGAUUUUAUGAUUCAGGAGAUACCAAUUACUAUAACUGGAAGGAAUAUCCUGAUCAAGUCAAUAAUUUAAUAAAAGGACUGGGUUCGUCCCCAGAUUUAAGAUUGACACUGAAAAUGGUUAACAUUACAGGCAGCGGAAUUUCAAAAAAAGUUGUAAGAAAAAUCCUGAAAGAGAGCGGAUUUGGCAAAGUAAAUGUACAUAGUUAAAAUGCAUAGUUAAUAUUUAUAACCAACCUA